CAUACCUUUAGACAUCCUAUGACCAUACUAUCUACUUCACCACUGUUUGUUUCUGUAUCAUGCUCAAUGGUCGAUUGAAAAUCUAGAGGCAGCCAGAGGAAUGACAGAUGCUAGAGCCUGGAAUUGGAUACCUCCAUUCUUCCACGAACAGUAUUCUCAGUUUUCUGCGCCAAAAGCCCCGUUUGAUCGACCAUUCGACCUGUUGCCAAAUAGUAAUAACAAUAACAAUAUAAUAUGGAGUCGGAAUGCCACAGCAUCUGACAUAGCAGCGGGUAACUUAGUUAGCACUCCGGCAGAUGACAAUACUAGUGAUAUGCGAGGAGGCACAGCUCCGAUGCAUUCCUUCACCAGUGCCCCUAUUUUCUUCGGUUUCGUCGCCCUUGACUUCUAUAUCAUGAGCACCUAGAUAGCUCCUGCAAAAGGUACUUCGUUCCUUCACAGCCCUGAAACGACAGGAGUGGAUCCAUUGAUUCUGAGAAGGGGCAUAAGGAGUAGUGUGGAUAGAUACGGAGUAGAACUUAAGCAGACAGGACGGAGCUGCCCAGGUGCCACUUCACCUGCAUACUUGCAUUUGUGCAUUUGUGCAUUUGUGCAGUCUAAUCU